AACAUCAGCACAGCCAUUUUCCGUAGAAGAAGACGCAGCAGGCGCUAGUAGCUAGCAGCUAGCAAGCUAAAGUCUUGGAUUGUAUAAAUUAUAUACUUAUAAAUUUAAUGCCAUUUCGCAGACCAGUUAGCCAGCUUCAUACUAGUUCUGUGACUUAUCUCUAAUUUGUUCUGUGUGUUUUGUAAUCAUAUACAGCUCCACAGAAGCUGCAUUGGGAGACAGCGGUUAGCUUUAGCUUUAAGCUAGCUAUGGCCGGGAGCAGUAUAGCUCAGAAGACCUGGGAGCUUUCAAACAGCAUCCAAGAAGUUCAGAGCAUCGACGAGAUUUACAAAUAUGACAAAAAACAGCAGCAGGAAAUCCUCGCAGCCAAACCCUGGACGAAAGACCAUCAUUAUUUUAAAUACUGCAAGAUCUCGGCGCUGGCCCUGCUGAAGAUGGUGAUGCACGCGCGCUCCGGCGGGAACCUGGAGGUGAUGGGGCUCAUGCUGGGGAAGGUGGACGGAGAGACCAUGAUGAUCAUGGACAGCUUUGCUCUGCCUGUGGAAGGCACCGAGACCAGAGUGAAUGCCCAGGCUGCUGCUUACGAGUACAUGGCUGCUUAUAUAGAGAAUGCCAAACAGGUGGGGCGGUUGGAGAAUGCCAUCGGAUGGUACCACAGUCACCCCGGUUACGGCUGCUGGCUAUCGGGGAUUGACGUCAGCACUCAGAUGCUCAAUCAACAGUUCCAGGAGCCCUUUGUGGCAGUGGUGAUCGAUCCUACGCGUACCAUAUCUGCAGGGAAAGUCAAUCUUGGAGCUUUUAGAACAUAUCCAAAGGGCUACAAACCUCCAGAUGAGGGGCCUUCAGAGUACCAGACCAUACCUCUUAAUAAAAUUGAAGACUUUGGUGUGCACUGCAAACAGUACUAUGCACUAGAGGUGACUUAUUUUAAGUCCUCUCUGGACCGUAAACUCCUCGAGCUCCUCUGGAAUAAAUACUGGGUCAACACUCUGAGUUCAUCGAGUCUACUAACUAAUGCGGACUACACAACGGGGCAGGUGUUCGAUCUGUCCGAGAAGCUGGAGCAGGCCGAGGCUCAGCUGGGUCGAGGAAGCUUUAUGCUCGGCUUGGACACCCACGACAGGAAGUCUGAGGACAAACUGGCCAAGGCCACACGAGACAGCUGCAAAACAACCAUUGAAGCAAUUCACGGCUUGAUGUCCCAAGUCAUCAAAGAUAAGCUCUUCAAUCAAGUGAACACGUCCGCCAACUAAAAGUGACAUAGCCUAAAAUAUAAAAAAUAUGUGUGGUGAUGUGUAUGCUCAGCAAUGACUUAAGAGGCACUCUGAUCUUAAUGGCUUUGCUUGUUAAUAGUUGAAUAAAUAUUGUUAAUGUCUGAA